UCUUCAGGAUCUCAGCCUGCCUUUUGUCUCAUCAUGUUUGCCCACUUUAACCUGGCAAUACUCACUGUUUUGCUGAUUCUUCAUGAUCAAGUCCACGCAGGGGAAAUCAUCGGUGGCCAUGAGACCGUGCCACAUAGCAGACCGUACAUGGUGCUUUUACAGCAGAACAAGGCAAAUGGUCAUACAGGACACUGUGGUGGCUUCCUUCUGAAUGAGAAUUUUGUGUUGACUGCAGCCCACUGCCAUGCUGAAACGUACAAAAUAUUCCUGGGUCUUCACAAUUACCAUGACAUGAAUGGUGUACAACACCUGCAUGUGGAGAAAGCCUUUCCUCAUGAUGACUACGAUGCAAAUACUUUUGAAAACGAUAUAAUGGUCCUUAAGUUAAAGUCCAAGGCAGAAUUUAACGAUAAAGUGAAGUCCAUUGCUCUCGCAGACCAUGGUGAUGGCUCUCUGCCACAAUCAUGUGUUGUCUCUGGCUGGGGAAGAACAAAAGAAGGAAGCCAUAUGUCUUUGAAACUCCUGGAAGUUAAUGUAACCCUGACUGAUGAUGAGAGGUGUGCUAAGGAAAAGUUUUACUGCUCUAAGGGCGAGACUGGACCAGGCAAGGGAGACUCUGGUGGUCCAUUAGUCUGUGGAGAUGGAAAGGCAUAUGGGGUGGUGUCCACCAGCAGUAGCCCAACUCCCAGUGCUUCAUCAAUCCAUAGGUAUACUAAGAUACCCACCUACAAAGUAUGGAUCGAUUCCAUAAUCAGUGGUAAUGGGAAAUACUAAUACGUCGAAUGCGUGAUGGAUCAUGUCACAAUAUUUGCACCACUGAAGUAGAUCGCUCUUAAAUGACAUUAGAAUAAGGUUCAAUCCCCAAAAUACUUAUCCCAAUCACUGUAAAAAGGCAAAAUAUAAAAACAACA